GCAGAUUGCAUCAAGCUUUGAAGUAUGGCGUACAAAACUUUACUUUUGCUGUGGUUAGUUUGUGCAACAGUGGCUCAGCGAUGCCCACCCGAAGAAGACCUGGCGCCAUCUUGUUUGUGUAAAGCAUAUGAUACAUUUUCAAUGCUGAAUUGCAACAACAUCAUGAGUGUGGAGGAAAUAAUUCCACCCAUCAGGGCCACAGAGUCAUACAAAAUAUUCUCUGUAAACUUUGAAGAUUCUUCCUUAAUGUAUCUUCCAAAUGAUUUAUUCAAGUUUACAAACUUCGAAAAGAUCCGUUUUGGAAACUCGCAAGUGAUGUCCUUGUCGGACACUGACGUGGCUUUUGAAGGACUAGAGAACACUCUGGAAGAGAUCCGAGCAACGGGUGCCCAUUAUAUUACUACUUGGGAGUGGUCUCAACUGCGCAACCUCAAGAAACUGUCGUUAAUAGAUGUAAACAAUAUUGGAAUGCAUUCAUUAGACAACGAAUUCCCCCAUCUGGAAUCCCUGAAUGCUCUAGGAAUCAGUAAUGCACAGAUAUCUUUCCUCCACCCAGAAGCUUUCAGCGGAUUGCCUAAUCUUAAAUUGCUGAUUCUAAAACAAAAUCAGCUAAGUGAAAUCACCAGAAACAUGUUUCCUAAUCCAGCUAAAGAAUUGCAUCAUUUAGAUCUAAGCGACAAUUUGUUGGGAAUUUUGCCAGAUAAUAUAUUUAAGAACAUGCCAGUUUUACGUGAAUUGAAUUUAAGUCGUAACAAAUUUGUGACUCUUAAAGAGGAAAUUUUUUCUCCAGCCAUUAGAAUUUUACAAUCGCUAUAUUUGAAAGGUAAUGCUAUCCGGUGUGAUUGUCGUUUGAAAUGGAUGGUGAACCAUCCAACUCCUCUGUAUUUUGAAGGUGAAUGUAGCGAACCUGAAAGUUUGAAGGGAGACACCCUUAGGUAUCUAAAAUAUAAUGAACUUUAUUGCUAAAUAAAGAUAUUUAUUUCUG